CAUUCCUGGUUAGGUAUAGAAUUAGUGUACACUAUCCUGCUCACCCAGGGAAGAUUUCUAAGAUCUGGAUUUCACAGCUUUGUAAUUCAGGGUCCAAUACCUUAUAUUGUGAAAAAGACAACAAUUUGUUCAAAGAGCAAGGACAUUCAAUUUAAAAAACAAAAACAGUGGAAAAGGAAUCCAGAAAAUCACCCUUCACUUUGUCCUGUUCUUCAUGUCUGCAGAAAAGUUUGAAGCAAUUAAAAUAGACUGGGAAGUGACCCGAUAUGAAGUUGCAGAGGUAGAAGGGAUUCCUUUUACAAAGAAAAUCUGUGACAAGUGGGAUAAAAUCUGGGCUUUUCAAGCCAAACCUGAUGAUCUUCUCAUAUCAACUUAUGCAAAGGCUGGUACAACAUGGACUCAGGAGAUUGUAGACAUGAUCCAACAUGAUGGAGACAUUGAGAAAUGUAAACGUGCUUCCACUUAUGAACGCCAUCCUUUUAUUGAAUGGAUUUUGCAUGAACGUUUACCCCCAGGCUGGGAACAAGCUGAAGCAGCGCCCUCACCAAGGACACUGAAAACACAUCUCCCUGUGCAGCUGAUACCCCCAUCCUUUUGGGAGCAAAACUGCAAGAUAAUCUAUGUAGCGAGAAAUGCCAAGGAUAAUGCAGUAUCGUACUACCACUUCCACAGGAUGAAUCAAAUUAUGCCUGAGCCAGGAACAUGGGAGGAAUUUUUGGAGAAAUAUAUGGCUGGAGAAGUGCUCUGGGGCUCCUGGUAUGAUCACGUAAAGGGAUGGUGGAAGGCAAAAGAUAAUCACCGUAUUCUCUAUCUCUUUUAUGAAGAUCUCAAGGAGGAGCUGUUGGAGACUGGAAGAACUAUUUUACCGUUGCACAAAAUGAGAGAUUUAAUGACGACUAUAAGAAGAAGAUGGCAGGAACUUCUCUCACUUUCCGCAUGGAGCUUUAAGGAGGAAUUGAUUUUCCAUCAUACGAUUACCACUUCCCACUAUUACAAGCCACCAUUAAUUCUCUGCAGAAUCUUGUUAUCAUGGCGAUAUUCAUUUUCCAAUUGUAAUUUCACAUCUUUGGAUGUGAUUUUGUUAAGAUUUUAUGUAGACAAGCAUUCCCAAUGAACACUGUAGAAUUGUCAAAUCUGUGUUGAACAAUUCCUGGAGAUUUGGGGGAUGAGCCGGGGAAGGGCAGUGAGUUAGGCAGGGUAUAAUGCCACCACGUUCACCCUCCAAAGCAGCCAUUUUCUCCAGGAUAGCUGAUCUUUGUACAGAGACCAGUUGGAAUUUGGGGAGAUCUCCACCUGGAAGUUGGCAACACUAAGUUACACACAUGCUGCCCUAGAAAACCUUGCUGGCCCUGAGUUUUGCGCUCUUAUGCAUUAUGGUAAUUUUUGGCUGUUUCCUUCUUUUUGCUUUUAUUUUUUAAAAGAUGUACUUCUGACAAGAAAUGAACAGAGGCUCGUUAUGGGUAGAGAUUGCAUUUAUAUAAUUUGCAUGUCUGGAUGUGAUCCAAAAAGCAUUGUAGAAAAGGUACUUUAAAAUU